AUGGCUCGCGGCGGCAAAGGCGGAAACCGAGGCAAGAAGUGGCACGGGUCCAAGGGCGGUCCGCCUCGCGGCGGCGAUGGCCAGGGCGUGUUCGCUGGCGGAUCCUCGACCAAGUACCGCACCCAGCCUCUACCCGAGAUGUACACUGCUCCCGGCAUCGCGGUGACGACAGUGCAAGGCAAGGAGAUUACGGCCGAGCGCGAGAUCCUCGAAGCGCUCGAGGAGGCGGCGGACGAGCUCUACCCCGAGGAAGGCAAGGAGGACGACGAGGAAGACGGAGACAUCGAGGACAUGCUCAAGAAGGAGCUCGAGGGCAUGAACCAGAAGCAGGUGCAGAAGUCCACCCGUUUCCUCUGCUAUAUUAUCGUUCUCGAGCCGCUCGACCCUUCCAAACUUGUUCGCUUCAUCCUCGAGAAGGCCGAGAGGACCCAAAAGUGCAGCUUCCGUUUUGCGCAGCGCAUCAUCCCUUUCCACGCUGUCGGUAGGGCCGACAUGGAGGAGCUCAAGGAGGCGUCGCUGAAGGUGCUCCCCGACGGCUUCAAAACGGACGAUGACCGCGGACUGAAGAUUAUCAAGGCCGUUGCGGACGAGGUCACCAAGCUCAACCCCGCGCACAGCGUCGACCUCAAGAACCCGGACCGCACCAUCAUCAUCGACACGUUCAGGGAUUACGAAAAGUACAAGAAGUUCAACCCCGCUCGUGUGGCCGCCGACGCCGCCAAGGCCAGCGACUCUGCGGCGAACGGAACCGAGGCCAAGGACGGCGAAACUACCCGCACCAAGGGUCAGAUCAACGCCGCCAACCGUGAGCGCCGCGCCGAGGGUCUCGUUGCUGCAGCCAAGGCCGAGGAGGAGAAAAAGGAAGCGGCAGCUUCGGCUCUUAAGAGGAAGGCCGACGAGCUGGAGGACGGGCAAGUGCCCAAGCGCCAGGACGUGGAGAGCGGCGAGGUCGUGGAGGACGAAAACGCUGAUCUCGGGGACGACUUUGUGGAGAUUAUCAAGGACGGGCGAUCAGUGAAGGUCAGGAAGCAGGAGUAG